AUGUGUAUUGUUAGCGACGAAUCAGUUAUAAGUUCUGACGAAUCAAAUUUUAGAAAUACAAAGCUGGUGCCAUAUCGAAUCGAGGGAGCACCACUAAGCCGAUUGCCUGAUAAACCUAAACGAAGUUGUGGAGCGUCGACUCUGCACCGCCAUCGAUGCUCUGGCAUUUUGAUCCGCGCCAGAUUAACAUUGAAUGGCGUAGCUGACAAAAGACCGCUGAGCGCUGAGCGACACUCCGCGCCGAGCAGAAUACGCGAUGAGCAACUCCCGAGCAAUCGUUCACAGGUGGAGCAGUACCGGCUCAUUACCAGUUUCGACGUCCGCGGCAAGCACCUGUCGGAGGCCCGGCACUGGUCGGCCCCCGAGGUGUUCGGCCCCCGAGCGCACUUCUCCACAUCGCCCCCGCCCGCCGCGCUGCUGGUGCGCGACGUGAAGCGGCGGGACGAGGGCGUCUACCGGUGCCGGGUGGACUUCCGCAACACUCAGACCACCAGCUUCAGAUACAACCUCACUGUAGUCGUUCCUCCGGAGAAGCCGGUGGUGGUGGACCGGUGGGGGCGGGUCAUCAACACCACGACCCUGGGCCCGCACGAGGAGGGGGACGACGUGCUGCUCACCUGCAGGGUGCUCGGCGGUCGGCCCGAGCCAUCAGUCCGGUGGCUGGUGAACGGCGUGCUGGUGGACGAGGAGUACGAGCACAACACGGGUGACGUCAUCGAGAACAGGCUGCUGUGGCCCGCCAUCAGACGAGCUGACUAUGCCGCCGUGUUCACCUGCCAGGCCACAAACUCCCACCUCGUGCCGCCCAAGGAGCUCUCGCUGGUGCUCGACAUGUUCCUAAGACCACUAACAGUGGAGAUAAAGAAGCCGGCGGAGGUCGGAGAGGGAGGAGUGCUGACUGCGGAGCGGCGGUACGAGGUGGCGUGCGAGUCCGCCGGCAGUCGGCCGCCUGCUGUCAUCACCUGGUACAAGGGGAAGCGGCAGCUCAAGAGGAUAACGCCCGUCGCCUCGCCUCGCCUCGUGCCUCGAGGUGCUACUCAGAGUUCAUUUCCUAAAAAUUGUUGUAGUUCUCUGGCGAACCUCAAACCUCAGAGUGAGGCUUAUGACGCGCUGGCAGCUUCGUCUGCUUGGAGGCUGGCCAGCGUCACCCGGUCAUUACCGUAA